AUGGCCGACGCUCAGUUUGACAGUGCCCUCGAUCUCCUCCGGCGGCUGAACCCGCGCAACACAAAGAAGAACCUCCAGGCCAUCACGUCCAUUGUCCCUGACCUGACUGAAGACCUGCUCUCCUCCGUCGACCAGCCGCUCGAGACCCGCCGGUGCAAGCAGACGAACCGCGACUACCUGCUCUGCGACUACAACCGUGACGGUGACAGCUACCGGUCACCAUGGAGCAAUGAAUUCGAUCCCCCUCUAGACGACGGCACGGUCCCCAGUGAGCGGGUGCGCAAGCUGGAGGUUGCGGCUAAUGAGGCGUUUGAUGUCUACCGGGAGCUGUAUUAUGAAGGGGGUGUAGGGAGUGUGUACUUUUGGGAUCUGGAUGAUGGGUUUGCGGGAGUUAUCCUCCUGAAGAAGGGGGUCACACCUGGUUCCCAGAGCUCCGGCGAAUGGGACAGUAUCCACGUCUUCGAGGCUACGGACCGCGCACGCAUGUCACACUACAAGCUCACCAGCACGGUUAUCCUGCACCUCUCCAAUGAGAAUGAGAAGCUUGGCGAGAUGGACCUGAGCGGGAACAUGACCCGGCAGGUGGAGGCUGAUCUGCCUGUUGAGUCGGAUGCCAGCCAUGUCGCGAAUGUGGGCAGAUUGGUUGAGGAUAUGGAGCUGAGGAUGCGGAAUUUGCUUCAGGAGGUUUACUUCGGCAAGGCCAAGGAUGUUGUCGGCGAGCUGCGGAGCUUGGGUACCUUGUCCGAAGCCAACAGGGGCCGCGCGACUCAGCUGGAGAUGAUCAAGGGUAUGCAGAAAUAG